CCUCAGGCCCGGCGGCAGCCCCCGCAGUCGCUGAAGCGGCCGCGCCCGCCGGGGGAGGGAGUAGCCGCUGGGGAGGCUCCAAGUUGGCGGAGCGGCGAGGACCCCUGGACUCCUUUGCGUCCCGCCCCGGGAGUGGCUGCGAGGCUAGACGAGCCGGGAAAGGGGGCGCCGCCCAGCCCCGAGCCCCGAGCCCCGCGCCCCGAGCCCGGAGCCCCCUGCCCGCCGCGGCACCAUGCGCGCCAAGCCGGCGUGACCGGCUCCGCCCGCAGCCGCCCCGCAGCUAGCCCGGCGCUCUCGCUGGCCACACGGAGCGGCGCCCGGGAGCUAUGAGCCAUGAAGCCGCCCGGCAGCAGCUCCCGGCGGCCGCCCCUGGCGGGCUGCAGCCUUGCCGGCGCUUCCUGCGGCCCCCAACGCGGCCCCGCCGGCUCGGUGCCUGCCAGCGCCCCGGCCCGCACGCCGCCCUGCCGCCUGCUCCUCGUCCUUCUCCUGCUGCCUCCGCUCGCCGCCUCGUCCCGGCCCCGCGCCUGGGGGGCUGCUGCGCCCAGCGCUCCGCAUUGGAAUGAAACUGCAGAAAAAAAUUUGGGAGUCCUGGCAGAUGAAGACAAUACAUUGCAACAGAAUAGCAGCAGUAAUAUCAGUUACAGCAAUGCAAUGCAGAAAGAAAUCACACUGCCUUCAAGACUCAUAUAUUACAUCAACCAAGACUCGGAAAGCCCUUAUCACGUUCUUGACACAAAGGCAAGACACCAGCAAAAACAUAAUAAGGCUGUCCAUCUGGCCCAGGCAAGCUUCCAGAUUGAAGCCUUCGGCUCCAAAUUCAUUCUUGACCUCACACUGAACAAUGGUUUGUUGUCUUCUGAUUAUGUGGAGAUUCACUACGAAAAUGGGAAACCACAGUACUCUAAGGGUGGAGAGCACUGUUACUACCAUGGAAGUAUCAGAGGUGUCAAAGACUCCAAGGUGGCUCUGUCAACCUGCAAUGGACUUCAUGGCAUGUUUGAAGAUGAUACCUUCGUGUAUAUGAUAGAGCCACUGGAGCUGGUUCAUGAUGAGAAAAGCACAGGUCGACCACAUAUAAUCCAGAAAACCUUGGCGGGACAGUAUUCUAAGCAAAUGAAGAAUCUCACUAUGGAAAGAGGUGACCAGUGGCCCUUUCUAUCUGAAUUACAGUGGUUGAAAAGAAGGAAGAGAGCAGUGAAUCCAUCACGUGGUAUAUUUGAAGAAAUGAAAUAUUUGGAACUUAUGAUUGUUAAUGAUCACAAAACGUAUAAGAAGCAUCGCUCUUCUCAUGCACAUACCAACAACUUUGCAAAGUCCGUGGUCAACCUUGUGGAUUCUAUUUACAAGGAGCAGCUCAACACCAGGGUUGUCCUGGUGGCUGUAGAGACCUGGACUGAGAAGGAUCAGAUUGACAUCACCACCAACCCUGUGCAGAUGCUCCAUGAGUUCUCAAAAUACCGGCAGCGCAUUAAGCAGCAUGCUGAUGCUGUGCACCUCAUCUCGCGGGUGACAUUUCACUAUAAGAGAAGCAGUCUGAGUUACUUUGGAGGUGUCUGUUCUCGCACAAGAGGAGUUGGUGUGAAUGAGUAUGGUCUUCCAAUGGCAGUGGCACAAGUAUUAUCGCAGAGCCUGGCUCAAAACCUUGGAAUCCAAUGGGAACCUUCUAGCAGAAAGCCAAAAUGUGACUGCACAGAAUCCUGGGGUGGCUGCAUCAUGGAGGAAACAGGGGUGUCCCAUUCUCGAAAAUUUUCAAAGUGCAGCAUUUUGGAGUAUAGAGACUUUUUACAGAGAGGAGGUGGAGCCUGCCUUUUCAACAGGCCAACAAAGCUAUUUGAGCCCACGGAAUGUGGAAAUGGAUAUGUGGAAGCUGGGGAGGAGUGUGAUUGUGGUUUUCAUGUGGAAUGCUAUGGAUUGUGCUGUAAGAAAUGUUCCCUCUCCAACGGGGCUCACUGCAGCGACGGGCCCUGCUGUAACAAUACCUCAUGUCUUUUUCAGCCACGAGGGUAUGAAUGCCGGGAUGCUGUGAACGAGUGUGAUAUUACUGAAUAUUGUACUGGAGACUCUGGCCAGUGCCCACCAAAUCUUCAUAAGCAAGACGGAUAUGCAUGCAAUCAAAAUCAGGGCCGCUGCUACAAUGGCGAGUGCAAGACCAGAGACAACCAGUGUCAGUACAUCUGGGGAACAAAGGCUGCAGGGUCUGACAAGUUCUGCUAUGAAAAGCUGAAUACAGAAGGCACUGAGAAGGGAAACUGCGGGAAGGAUGGAGACCGGUGGAUUCAGUGCAGCAAACAUGAUGUGUUCUGUGGAUUCUUACUCUGUACCAAUCUUACUCGAGCUCCACGUAUUGGUCAACUUCAGGGUGAGAUCAUUCCAACUUCUUUCUACCAUCAAGGCCGGGUGAUUGACUGCAGUGGUGCUCAUGUAGUUUUAGAUGAUGAUACGGAUGUGGGCUAUGUAGAAGAUGGAACACCAUGUGGCCCGUCUAUGAUGUGUUUAGAUCGAAAGUGCCUACAAAUUCAAGCCCUAAAUAUGAGCAGCUGUCCACUCGAUUCCAAGGGUAAAGUCUGUUCGGGCCAUGGGGUGUGUAGUAAUGAAGCCACCUGCAUUUGUGAUUUCACCUGGGCAGGGACAGAUUGCAGUAUCCGGGAUCCAGUUAGGAACCUUCACCCCCCCAAAGAUGAAGGACCCAAGGUGAAUAUGGCCACAAGCAGGCUAAUAGGGGCCGUGGCCGGCACCAUUCUGGCCCUGGGGGUGAUUUUUGGAGGCACAGGGUGGGGAAUAGAGUAAGCAUCCUUGCCAGUUUCAGAGUGUUUCUGUGUGGUGCCUGGUGUGUGAGGCGAUGCCUGUACCUGACUCCAUGUCUCGUCCUGUUGACCGUGUUUCCCGUGGUAGUGCACCUUGUGGUGUGACUUGGAUGUUGCUUGUGUCCUGUGGUUUUCUUGUGUCAUGUAGAACCUUCUCCUGUCUGGAACAAUGUGGGGCAUAACAUAACACUGGGUGUGCUUCCGAUAGCUUCACAAUUAAGGCAAUAGUCCCAACACUUCUAUUGCUCCUCCACUUUAUAAAAGUAAUUUUAAAAUACAGACUUUUUUUUUAAACCAUUUAUUGGCAAAAAUGCUUUUAUAUGUAUAUUUUCUUAGGAUUCUUGUAAUAAAGUUAAUCUGUGCCAGUCAAAUAAACUUACGUAUAUAACUAGGAAUUAUCAACAGUUAUAGCACCUUUUAAAGGUAAUAAAAAUGAUAGCUACUAAUGUUUUCUUCAUUUAUUUAGAAUGAUAUAGGAGGCUGCAGCUUAAUUUUUUAAAAAGAAGAUAUUUAGCAUACUGCCUUCCUAUUUUUCCUAUAAAAUAGGUUAAUAAUUCAAAAUUGAAGUCUACAUAAAUAUUUGGAAGCAAGGAGCAUUAAGAAUGAAAAAAUAUUUAAUCCAAACCUGUAUAACCAUAAGUGAACAGCUGCAAAUCACCUGGUGGGUUGGUCUUAAAAGUAGCCAGGGUGUAAAUAGAUAUAUUGUGUGCCACUUGCCCAUUAAGCUGUCACAGACAUACAGUUCUGCUGAUGCUUUGAUUUAGGGUACUCUGUACUUGAUCCACAUCCUCAAAAUAGCUGUCAGUUCUCCAGGGCACACUGCUUCCUGAGAUUGCUAAUCUGUAGAUUAAAAUAUUAUCAUGAUUUUUUUCUUCUCUCUCUAAUUCGAAAAAGAAUAUUUAAGAAUGGCAGACAUAACCCUUUACACAAUCUUUUCUGUCUACUGUGGUGGUGGUAACACUUCAAAGUGGCCCAGAAUGAAUUACUAGUAUCUUCAGGCAUCACUAGAUAUCUUUGACUCACCUACCCCAAAUCUUGGGCUUAUUGUGAAUAUCAGACAUGUUUUUCUUUAGUCUCAUUGGUUAAAACAAACGGGUGCUCCUCUUACAUACUGGAAUUGGGAGACCUGGGGACCAAAAUAGCAUUAAGAGGGAAGCAGGUUCAUAGUUCACACCUUGUGUUGAAGAUGACAUGAGCCUUCUUUCUUCUGGAUUCAGGGACUUUGACCAGACUUAGAUCUUCCAACUCACAUCUCAUCUCUAUGGACUGUGAAGCUGGUUAGCACAGGGGAAGCUAGAAAUACUAGAAAAGAGAUUUUGUUUCUCCUUGUAUAUUAGAAAACAAAGACCGUAACAGGGAUAAAAAUAUUUAGAGACAAGAACUUUGUCCUGUAAAAUUUCCCCUUGGAUCUGUUGACUGGAUUAUAUACAGAAGAAACAUUCCUUUUUCAGGGCCAGCUCCAUGCAUGCAUUUAUGUGAAAUUCCUCCUUGACAAAUGGUAGUUUUCUGAAAAUCAUCCCAAAUGCAUUUUUUAACAUUAUACAUUGGCUGUAACUUUGGUAUCCUUAAAUGUACUAAUUGAAAGGAUGAAUUCUAAUAAUCCUUCCUUUAAGUCUUAGAGAUAGGUAAAAUCAAAGAGGCCUUUCUUGUAAAACAUAGUCCUUGUUACCAGCAUUUGUUUUCAUCAAUCAUUUCCAGUUUUGUUCGUUUGUGACUAUUUCUAAUUGUGACAGGUAAGUCUGUGUAAGUGUAUAUAUAUUUUUUCUAAAGAUAGAUUUCUUAUUAUUCCUAGUUUAUGAGCACUAGUUGUCUCUUAGCUUACUGAUUUUUUUCCCAUCAAAUUCCAAGUUUUAGCAUAAUUGCUCAAGAAAUAUAGUUUUUUAAAAAAUAAUGUAGUACAAUAUAGAUUGUCUUAACAUUUCUUAGUUUAACUGAUAGAGUAAUGUUCAUUCAGUCACUAAGAAUUCCAUGGGCAGUUUUAUUUUUCAAUUUCUACUCAUUAGUUUAUAAGUCAGGAAUCAUUUUUCAUGAGUUAUGUAUUGAUUCUAAUCCUAGCCUGUGUUUUCUGAAGCUGACGAAGUGCAAAUCAUAUCCAAAGCAUAGAGUAUGUACAUGGUUAUAUUUUUUUAAUACUUGUUUUGAAAUUUGAUUCUGUGUUGAAAUGUGGGGAGGAAAUACAUGUAAACGGAAUAAAGUUUCCCUAAUACAGAAGUUAGCAGACUUUCUGUAAAGGGCAAGAUGGUAAAUAGUUUUAGCUUUCAGCCUACAGGGUUGUCUGUCACAACUUCUCAACAAUGCUGUCUUAGCAUGAAAGCAGCCAUAAACAAUAUGUAAGUAAAUGCGCAUGGCUGUGUUCCGAUAAAACUUUUUUGCAAAAACAGACAGUGGGGCUAGAUUUGGUCUGUGGGCUCUAGUUUGCUGACCCUUGACUUAAUAGGAUAUGUUUUAGAGUCAGACAAAUCUGUGUUCACAUCUUGCCGCUAUCACUCACAAACUUCCAGAAGCCUGUUUCCUCAUCCAUUAAACAAGGAUAGUCAUAGUUCCCACCUCAUAUGAUUUUUGUAAAGAUCAAAUGAGAUACUGUAUGUCCAGUGUUUAGUACUGUGUCCGGCGCUUAGUAAGUGCACAAUACGGUAGCUAAACUAUUUUUGUGGCUCUCAUUAUUAUUAUUAUUAUUGGUGUAUCUCUAAAGGCAACUGAGAUUCGUUCUCUAGAUGGUCAGUGGUUAGUCUUAAGAGCAUGUCACAAGCCCAGAAGCCUGAAGAGACCUGCAUCCCUGAGACUGUAUUGCAGCUGUCCUCUACCUGCCCACCAAGCCCUGGAUGGUCUCCAAGUAAAAACAUGUUAGGCAUGCAAUUUGAGUGCCGCCAAAAGUGACAUCCAUUUAUGUACACAGUUGAGGGCACUGAUGUGAGCAGAAAAGAGAAUUUUUUACACAGAAAUGAAUGUAUACACAAACCUCAAGGAUUUUAGAGAAACUAGCAACAUUGGCUUUGUGAUUCCUGGAGCAGGGAUACAUAGGACUGAAAGUAUUUUGUUGUUAGGGGACACUGUACCUGCAUAUUAGCAUCCUGAAGGAUGGGAUAUGUAAAGUAAUUAUUAUACUAGGUUUAACGUUGCUUAGAUUUUAAAAUGCUGAGCUUAAGGAGAGGAGUGAGCGAGUGGACAGGAGUUACUAGAAUAUGGAUUAGCUCUUAUCCUUAGCAAUUGAUAGAAAUGCCACCUUGUCUUUUCUUUCUUACUGUCCUUUGGCUCUCUGCUUUUUUAUAUCUCUAAGCCUCAAAGUUCUGUUAGUAACAAUGGGAACUUUAAAGCUAUUCUCAGUUGAAUCUAAGGAAUCUUUUUACCAUUUCCCCAAAAUUACCCAAAUGAGAUUUAUGCUUCCUUAUAUCUUGCCUUUGGAACCCCAUUUUGGUCUUUACCACUGUAAGGAUCGUGAAGAAGUGUAUCUUUGAGAGCAAGGCUUCAAAAGUCAGAUCUGUAUUGAUGACUUCCUUCUGACUGCUAAAUUUUAACUGUCUCCAAGUGGGGAAUUAAAAAGUUAACAUUCAGACCACUUUUAGGUGCUUUUUGGAAGGGCAUUGUAGCAGAAUGUGUUUCCUUUCCUCCAUGCCCCCAUUUGUCAGUCAGAUGGAGCUAAUCUGAAUGCGAUGGUGUUCUCUAUGUGCUUUUACUUAUUUGAUACAUAAUACUUGGAAAGAAGAAGGACGUGUAAAGACAGCAAGUGGGGCCUAUUUGCUUCAAAUUCUGUGAAAGGUGAAUUUAAUGGAACUUAAUUGUCAAUGGUGCGGAAACUUUAGAUUUAAAGACAUAUAAAUCCAAGCAACGCUCACCAUAGCAUCUAAAGUGCAAUUAAGCUAAGUAAAUAAAGGCAAUUUAAAUGUUUAGCCAUCUUUUACACAGGAUAUUUACUUCCUGAAACUGCUUAACUGCCUUUCCCUUGUGGUAACGAAAGUGGUUGGUUCAUAUGACUCUCUUCCCAUGAUCCU